AUGAUGACUCCACUGGCUCGCAUGUCCAAUAAGUUGGGCAGAAAUGUUAUCACUAACUUUGUUAGAAAUCAUUCCCAUGGUGGAGUACCUGGCGAGAAUUUGCCAUUUGAUAUUGCAAAUCGCUACAAGCUGACUGCUAUGUUUAUUGUCUAUGUGGGCUCAGGGCUGGGAGCUCCUUUCCUCAUCACUCGUCAUCAACUACUUAAAAAGUAA